GAUGAAAUUGAGAAUGCUAUCCUCUCUCUCUCUCUCUCUCUCUCUCUCUCUCUCUCUCUCAACCAACACAAAACGGCACAUAACCAACAAAUCUCAUCCUGGUCUUUAAUAACCAAUAGCUCUAAAAUCUAACCAGUUAGUUAACGUUAAAACAUGGGACACUUGCUUCUUCCAUGCUACUUUCACAGCCCAAAUCUUCUGCAUAAGCCGCUUAUCUCCAUCCCCAUUACAAGAAAAAUACCGUCCAAGAGGAAUAAUUUACAUGUGGUUCAAUGUCAAUGCUCAUUUUCUUCCUCAGAUGAUUCUUCGAAAGCUACCAACCAAUCUUCACAAUGUCAAGCAAGGAGGGCCUUGGUUGGCUCUCUCAUGAUUUUAGCUGCUGGGAUGUAUCUUUGUGAUGUGGCUGAGGCUGUUAGCACAAGUAGAAGAGCACUGAGAGGAUCAAAAAUACCUGAAAGCGAAUAUACAACACUCCCAAAUGGUUUGAAGUACUAUGAUUUGAAGGUUGGGAGUGGAGUUCAGGCAAAGAAAGGAUCCCGGGUUGCAGUUCACUAUGUUGCUAAAUGGAGGGGCAUCACUUUUAUGACAAGCAGACAAGGCCUUGGUGUUGGUGGAGGAACGCCAUAUGGAUUUGAUGUUGGCCAAUCUGAGAGAGGUUCAGUCCUUAAGGGAUUAGAUCUCGGUGUAGAAGGCAUGCGGGUAGGAGGCCAGAGAUUGUUAAUUGUACCUCCGGAACUAGCUUAUGGAAAGAAAGGAGUCCAGGAAAUUCCUCCAAAUGCCACAAUAGAGUUGGAUGUUGAACUGUUAUCCAUCAAGCAGAGUCCAUUUGGAACUCCUGUGAAAAUUGUUGAAGGCUAAGGGAAAUCAUUUUCUUCUUGUUGCUCAUCAUUUUAUAUUUGUUACUGUAAACAAAAAUCAGAAGUUCUCCUUUGGUGGCAAAAGGGUUUCCUUCUUUUCUUCAAUUUAUUGUAAAUAAACUUCCCCAUUCGUUCCUGGGCUGGAAAAAAGUUUGCCUGAAUAACAUGAU